AAAAAAAUGCUACCUUCGCAAGAAGCCUCAAAGAUUUACCAUGACACCUAUAUGCGUAACUCCCGAACCAUCGGUGUCCUGUGGGCCAUCUUCACCAUCUGCUUCGCCAUCAUCAACGUGGUAGUCUUCAUCCAGCCUUACUGGAUCGGGGACAGCGUGAGUACACCACAUGCCGGUUACUUCGGGUUGUUCCAUUACUGCGUGGGCGACGGUAACUCGAACCGGGAACUGAUUUGCCAGGGAACAUUUUCCGACUUCAGUUCCAUCCCGUCCGGCGCGUUUAAGGCGGCCUCUUUCUUCGUGCUGCUGUCCAUGGUGCUCAUUUUGAGCUGCAUCGCCUGUAUGGCGCUCUUCUUCUUCUGCAACACCGCCACCGUUUACAAAAGCUGCGCUUGGAUGCAGCUGCUUUGCGCUGUGUGCCUGGUGCUGGGCUGUUUGAUUUUCCCAGAUGGCUGGGAUGCAGAGGUCAUCCGAGAUAUGUGCGGAGAGGAGACAGGAAAGUACACACUGGGCAACUGUUCAGUGCGCUGGACUUACAUACUGGCCAUCAUCGGCAUCCUAGAUGCUCUCAUCCUGUCCUUUCUUGCAUUUGUCCUCGGAAACCGCCAGAACGACUUUAUACACAAUGAAAUCAAGGCUGAAAAUAAAGAUUUGGCAGUAUCCAGUCAACCUCUAUGUGUAGGGUCUUCUCUUCGAGUGGAUGGAAUUGAAAUCCGGGAUACAAAAGACCCUCGUUUCGGUGUCCAGCGGUUCCCGUGA